AUGUCACUGGACAGCGCAAAUCGGACUCAAGGUGAAGUUGACAAUGGGUAUGGGUCUGUGAUUCCAGAUUUCUUGUCGGACACUUCCUUCUCACUGGCUGCAACAUUGCAAAUGCCAGUUGAUGCAGAGCACUCAGACGACGACGAGGACGCUUUCCAGGGUAGUCCAACCUUCACUGCAACACUACAAGCCCCAUUCCAACAGCCAGACGUCCACUUUCUCGCCUCCACCUUCGCACCUUCCACUCCCCCUCGCACAAACCCCAUCCAGCAGUCACGACACACACGCCCAUCCCACCUCCACCUCCACCUCCACCGCCGACCAUCCACCAUGUCCGCCUUCUCCUUCGAGCAAGCAACAACAAAGAAAGCCACCUACUACUCCCACGCCCUCAGCUCAUCCGACAAACUCGCGCUCGCCCACGGCGAAAAAAACCACAACCACAAGGAAUGGACACCUAAGGAUCUGGUCACUCACCAUGAAGCCCGCAAGGACCUCGUCCCUGGUGGUGUGAUGCCCAAGAUGGACAAGGUGCGCGCGCUUGCUGGGAUCGAAUGUGAUAGACAGGAUAGUCGGCGUGCGCUCGCCCAAGAAGUUAAAGACCAGGUGGGUACAACGUUUAUGUGGCGUGUGGGGGUUUUUGCUGAUGAUGUGAGAAAGGGAAAGGAGGAGGGUGCGGGUUAUACCUACACCUACGACUACGCUGGACGAAUGCAGAUGACUUCUGAUACACCAUCGCCGCCUUCACUUUCACUUUCACCACGGCGGCCCUCCCUCCCACUUAGUCAGUCUUACCCUAACCUCACCAUCGCCACCACCACCUCUACUACUUCUUCCCACCACGUCCGCGCCACAAGCACCGGCGACUACUUCUCCCACCACCAACAACCCCGAUCUACCCGCCCCGCCCGCCGCUCCGCCCAUCGCGCCAGUCGCAACAUCUCCCCUCUAGCAUCUGUCUCAGGCACAUCGUCUGAUUCCUCGACUCGUGUUCGCAGCCCCUUGGCGCAAGAGGUGCGGUUUCGACGCAAUCCAGAGGUUACGUUUGAUGCGUUUCUUGUGCCGCAUAAGUCGGGGAAGGGGGAGGCGUUUGUUGAUGCGGUGAAUGCGCGGGGCGUGGAGGAGGGAAAGAUGGGAGUGGGGGUCGAGGAUGGUGGGGAGGUGAAGGGCAUGGGGAGGAUAGGGAGGUUGGGACAAUGUCUACAGUUUGACGAGUUUGACGAAUAA